AUCUGACAGUCUACGACAUUGUGAACAAGAUUCCAGUGUUUUCUGCUUACGAGUACAAAGGUCCAGGAGAGGAGCCAGGUGAAGAAUACUGGAAGAUAGAGCCACAGCUUGAGAAAGAAGAUGACCCGAACAAAAACAUGGUGGAGGAAGAAAAAGGCAAGACCUACACCUACCAGGCCGUGAUUGCUGAUUAUAAAGACGACAACGUUGACAGGGGCCAUUUAUUUCCAGCCCUUCAUGCGUCCACCAGCAUUGAGAAAACGUCAACCUACGCCUGGACCAACAUCGUACCACAAGCACGCACGUUCAACCAGGGAAGAUGGAACACAAUGGAGAAGUGCAUCGGACGUGUUAUGGACGACUACAUCAACAAGAACGGGAUGAAAUGUUUUGUGAUA